UAUGUUUUGUAUUUUUCGUUCCGAUUAAUGGGGACUCCAAAAGAGUCUUUAUAAAACCUUUAUAUUUUAUUUACCUAUAAAAGUGAUAUUACAUGUGUUCAACUAGAGUGAAAAGAAAAUAAAAAAACAAAAUGAAGAAUAAAUCUACCAGGCAUAAAGAUGACAACACUUUUAAGUUCCAACCAUUUUCUGAACGUGUGGCAAAUAUUGACAUCAACAUAUUUCAUAAAGUUGGCCAUGAAUAUGAGACCCAGACUGAGGAAGGAGAGAGUUAUUUUUAUCAGGCAAUUCAAAAAUGGAAUGUUUUAAACUUAACAGAAGGAUAUGAGAAGUUUAAGAAGGAAAUAAAGGCUGACAAUUACAUUACUUUGCCACAAGUCUUGUUGGGCAAGGAGCACAUUAUUCAUGUACUGCUAAAUUAUUUAAAUGAAAGGAACCCCUUAUAUCUUCAGCCUAUAUUGGAAAUUGUUAUUGCUGUUGCCCAAGAUCUCCAAAAAGAAUUUUACCCCUUUUACCAGCAAUUUUUAGAAACCAUUAUUGGCCUCUUAAACACAAAGAAUACAGAGCAAUUGGAGUGGACCUUUACCUGUUUAGCUUAUUUAUUAAAAAUACUAUGGAGACCUAUUAUCAAAAAUAUUAAUGAAGUAUUCAACUCCCUUCUGCCAUUAUUAUCAGACAGCAAACCUGAGUAUAUAAACUCAUUUGCUGCUGAAAGUUUUGCUUUUAUUGCCAGGAAAGUGAAAGAUAAGCAAGCAUUUUUGGGACUGCUACUUAAAGCUGUAAAUAAACAUAAAGACGGCAUUUCAGGUUGUGGUAAGCUCCUAUUUGAGGUCAUUAAUGGAGUCAACAACCAGUUUCACAGUUGUGCCGAACAAUUUCUGCCAUUUUACUUUGAGUCCUUAUGGAACUCUCAGUACCCUCAAGACACCCUUUUUGAAAUCCUUGAGUGUAUUGUUGCCAAUAUUGCAGCCGAUAUACACCCUCAAAAAAAUAAACUGGUUUGGGAUGUUUUGUUUAAAAAUGUUUCACAUCUGGAAGAGCAACCUAAAGAAAAAGAUUUCGAGCUUAUUUUAAGACUGGUUGGGCAAAUGGUGGAAUAUAAAAGUGGAAAACUUGUGCAAGAGCCAUCUGCUUUGAUACAGCUUUUAAUAAAGUUAUUUGCUAGGGAGAUGUGUUCAGAAGAAAUUUUGAUUAUUUUAGUGCAAAUCUCCAUAUCUGUACUGCUGUCAAGGAAUAUUAGGUUGCCACAGGAGCAAGCUUCACAGUUAAUUAGAAAAAUAUUGUCCUUGGAUCAGAAGAACGUUUUGCUCUAUUUUGUUAAUAAUGUUAGCAGUAGUUCCUCUUUUGAAACCCUUAUUUUACCAGCAUUUUUAAGAAAGUGUGGCUUAUAUGAGUUUGACAAGGAAUGUUUGUAUACUUUGACAAAGUUGGUGCUGAAAAAGACCCCACUGUGUGGCUCUGGCAUCAGUUUAUUACAGUGGGCUAAGUAUUCCUUGGAUUUUAAAGACUUUAGUACAAUGAUUUUCAAUAAGCUUGCUGCAGCAUUGGACUUACAUAGUUAUGAAGAUAUUGAGGCAAAUAAGGAGAGUUACUUUUGCAGUUUAAUAUGUUUGCCCCAUAUGGAGUUGAGAGGAAAUGACAAGAAUGUUUUGACAAAGAAACUUAUUGGGAACUUAGACUUUUUGUUGAACAGAGCCAAAGAAGUUUUAGAACCAAUAUUAGUAAAAACGGUGUUAUUCUGGAUAAAUUUGGUUUUGGAAAGUUUAAUUCAUUUAGAAGGCAGCACUGCUAUAGAAGGAAGUUUUCAAGAAAUUUUAAGUGUUUUGUUAAAAUUUGCCUCGAGUUUUUCAUAUUUGGCAGCGCUGAAGUCUCUAAGUCUUCUGUUUACCGUCUUAAAGGAGCCAAAGGCUAUAAAUACGGAUAUUUUGAUGGAAUUACACAAAGUUUGUGAGAACAACUUUAGCAGUCCCUAUCAUGAGGUACGUCUUCUAACUGCUCACAUCUACACCAAUUUCGAAUCCCUUCCGCAAUUCAAUCUAAAACACUCAAACGAUCCAGAGGUACGUUCGGAACCCUUCAAAGUGUUUUCUCUCAUCUACGAAGUAGAAUCCAUUGAACCGUUAGUGGAAACCUACCGAGACCAGUUGCAAAGACUUGAAAAAUUAACUUUUGAUAAACCUCAAAUGAUUAUGUGCAAUAAGACAGAAUUUAAGCUGAUACCUUUGAGAUACCUCUGUGGGGUCCUUUAUAUGAAUUUUAAACUACUAUGGAACCCAGUUUCGAAAAUCAUUGAAAGCCACGCUCAUGGGUUGGAUUCUAACGAUUUCUGGAAGGUGUUUGGUCCUCAGUUGAAAGGAGUUGUUGAAAAUAUCAUGACUGAACCUGUAAUUAGUGUGGAUACAUUUGAGACUGAUUUAGAGGCUUUAGGGGAUACAUUUCAAGAGGGCCAAAGGAGUGCUUAUAAGGUAGAUUUUAUAAAUUAUAGGGUUCUUUUGUGGAGGGCUUUAGCGAUGUUUCCUAAUGUAGCAGAGGCCAAAACCAGAGAUACUUCUCAGUUAUUAUUGAGUUUUAUAGAAAAUGAAUAUACAAACACCAAUUCAGAGAUGGCUACCUUGUGUAAUGUUAAAAUAUUUGCUGAUUCUGCUGCUGAAGACAAGGAAAAUUGUCCUGAAGAGGAGGAGGAUGAUGAGGAAGUUAGUAGUCUUGAGGUUAGGAAACUGGGCAGAAAAAUUUUAACCAAAACAUUAUUGGAAAAGUUAUCGGCAUUCUCGCACUUCAAAAGUCCAAAAUCGAUGUACCGCGAACAAGAAAUCUACCGCUUAUACUUUGACCUCUUAAAACACAAAAACGCCGAGGUCCAGAAAGCCGCCCUAGACUGUUUGAUGACAUACAAAUUCAAAUAUAUCAUUCCAUACAAGGACCACCUCUACAACCUGAUCGACGAAAAGAACUUUAAAAACGCCAUAAUCAACUUUAGAGUAGACAAGGAAAGUACCGAAGUCCAACAGGAACAUCGGGAAAACCUCAUCCCGGUCGUGCUGCAGAUCGUGUUCAGCAAAAUGAGCGGGAAAACCGGCCUAAGAACCGGCGGAAAAGCUUCAGGUCAAAACCGACGGAAUUUGGUGCUGAGAUUCCUGGCCGGGUGUGAGGAGGACGAAAUGUUACGUUUCGUGGAGAAGGCGUUUGCGAUUUACGAGAAAUAUUUGCAAAAUAACGAGGUGAAGCAGGUGGAGUCUAUAGUGGCGAGUAUCGAUCUCGAGAAGUGUCUGGCCCCGAAAAAGUUACUGAGCACCGUUAAUUUGCUGAACGUGAUUCUGGACCAGUUUGGAGGCCUUAUGGGGGACAAGUUGCUCACUUAUUUGCUGAAAAUUGUUUUUGUCGUCGGGGCUACGGUCAAAGGGAUCUUUGACAGGGUUGAUAAGGUCCACACCGGCUACCUGGCAAUCCUCAAAAACGUCCGCUCGGCCACCAUAAAAAUCCUCGAAAGAUUCUUCGAACACUUCCCGCACUACCCGUGGAAUUCGAUACAAAUAAACGCGAUAUUCGACACCUUUGUUUGGCCCCAUCUGAACAAACUGACCGUGGAGGGCAUCCACAGCCCCACGGCCUUACUGAGACUAAUUAAACAGUGGGGCACCCACGCCACAUACUUUAAACUACUCGUAAAACAUCAUAGGGAUGACAAGAACCUGUAUAUACUGCCUCACGUGUUCAAAUUGCUCCUGAACGAGAAAAGCAACAUUCAGGUGGUGAAUGUUAUAUACGAAAUCAUCGAGAGUUUAUUGAAGUAUGAGCUGGGGGACGAGGAAGUUGCUUUAGAAAUUCAACCGGAUGAUUUAUUGCCUGUGGACGAUCGUAUUUUAGAGAGGUGCAAAGUAAAUGAGAAGUUAAAUUAUGGCAGUUGUAUACUCUUGCCCCACGUGCCAAGUGUAUUGGAAAAAAUUAAAAGGAAACUGGAGGGGAAGCACAAGUCCCUUAGCAGGACCGAACUGUUUAUUUUAUGCAGAAUAUCGGAGCUGGUGUGGGAGAGCGAGGUAAGCGCCUCAAUCCUCCACCUCCUCAUGCCAAUCGUCCUUAAAAAAGCCACUGCAGAAGAGGAGGUCGUGCUGCAGCUCCUCACCACUGUGCAUAACUUAUUAAGAAACGUGGAGGACAGCACCAAACAUUUACGUAACCUCACUCCACUGUUUGCAGAAGUUUCAUGUGUACCUGGCCGGAAAAUUUUAGUAAAAACUUUAGAAUAUAUGGCAGAGAAUAACGAUUGGUUGAAACAGGCCUCUUCACUAAUAAGCGACCUAAACGCCUUUGACUCUAAAUGGCUUGACCAACCAGAUUUUGAGCGCAGACAUGGGGCAUUUAAGAAAAUCCAACUGAUAAUCCAAGAGGGAACCAUCGAACUCUCUUACGGCAUCUUACUGGUGUACAAUCUGUUUUUUAUCAUGAAAAGUGAAAAAGAUUUGGCUUUAAAAGAUAAUGCCUCCCAUGCGUUACGCUCCCUAUGCCCAGCCUUAAUAAAACAAUGUCAAAAUAACCAUAAGGACUUGGAAUAUGUUUUAAAUGACAGCAUUUUCGCCUUGAUUAAAGCAGGUAUGCGCAACAACCAAAAUAAUGACCUGAGAAACGAAUGUAUCUCCUUACUGGGAUGCCUGGCAAGGGAAUGCCCGGACAGUCACUUCACCCUCAGAGACUUAAAUAAGUUUACCAACAAAACCGACCUGGAGGUGGAUAUUUUUGAGAACUUGACUCACUUGCAAAUCCACAGACACGCCAGGGCCAUGCUCAAGUUCUGCCAACUGAUUAAAGAAGAAACCGUAUCGAUUAAUCCCAAAACCGUUUCUCAAUUCCUCCUGCCCUUGGCCACCCAUUACCUUUGCACCGACAAGUUCGCCGGUAAAAACGCGGUUAUUGAUGCGGCAAUCGAAAUGGUCGGGAUGAUUUGCCGUAUAACUCCAUGGCAUCAGUACGAAAGUGUCCUAAAGUUCGCUCUUUCCAAGCUGCGAUUUAAGUUGGAGUUUCAGAAGCAACUAGUGAGACUUGUUGUGGCCAUUUUGGACGCUUUCCAUUACGAUUUGAGUAAGGGGCAUGUGGAAAAUGUGCCGGAGGCUGAGGUGCCAGUGGAGUUGGAGGUUAUCGAGAAUAUUCCUGAUGAAGUCGGAGAGAAUGGUGAUGAUGAUGAGAAGGAGGAGGAGGAGGUGGUUGAAGAUGAAGCCGUUAAGAUUGUGGAAAAAACUACGGUCUUAUGUAAAUCUACUGCCACGAGAGUUAUAAAAACUAUUCAGGGAGUCCUCUUGCCACAACUUCAUAAAUCAUUGGCAGAACUCACGCACUACGACUCCUCCCAUAAAGUGAACCGAAAACGGACCGGUUUCGAACGAGAAGAAGAAGAUUUGGCCAAAGUGCCGAUUUCUUUAGCCGUAGUGAAACUGCUCCAGAGACUGCCAAAGGCUAUAUUAGACGCGAAUUUGCCUCGGAUUUUCUUGAAGCUUUGCACUUUCCUAAAGUCCCAUUUGGAAUCUGUGAGGCGGGUGGCCAGGGAAACGCUCCAGAAAAUAAUGUUAACCCUAGGACCGAAAUAUCUCGGGAUGCUUUUGGGCGAGAUCAAUCCGCUUAUGAACAGAGGUUUCCAGGUUCACGUGCUCGUGUUCACCGUCCACGGGGUGCUUAAUUGUUUGAAGGGCCUCUACCAACCUGGAGAUAUUGAUGCCGUACUUUUAACGGUCUUAAAGCUCUGUUCAGCCGAUCUCUUUGGGAUCCUAUCGGAAGAAAAGGAAAUCGUAAAGAUCACCGCCAAAGUAUCCGAAGCAAAAUCAACGAAAAGCAACGACACCCUGGAAAUCCUCGCCCAACAUAUCACCGAGAAAUGCCUGAUGGACAUCAUACUCCCCAUCAAACAAUUGCUAGAAUCAAAUCAUUCGUUUAAAACUGUGCAAAAGGCGCAGGAGGCCUUGAGGCACAUAGCACUCGGUCUGGUAGAUAACUUGUUCAUAAACGAGGAGUCUUUACUCAAGUUCGCGUACGGCACCUCCGCCCAAAAAAUACCCGAACUGAUGCCCAAGAAAAAGAAACAAAAGCAGCAAAACGAGAAGGAGCAAGCGAGAGAGAAACGCGACUGUUUUAUUAUCCAGAAAGUGCCGGGCAAUCGGACCGCUUAUCGGGAAUUAAAUGUGAAAACUUCUUCGGACACCAACGCCCACUUAUUGGUGGAAUUCGGAUUGAGGUUAUGUUUCGUUAUGUUAAAGAGGGAGAAAAUUAAAGAUCAAGAGUACCGGAAAUAUCUCGACCCAUUUGUGAAGAUUUUCCGGGACUGUUUAGGAUCAAAACAUGUCAAAUUGUGUGCUUUGACGCUACAAUGCCUGCAAUGGAUACUUAAAUACGACUUGCCAUCACUGAAAGCAAGUAUUAAGUCCAUUGUGAAGGACAUGUUCGGGAUUUUGCAUAAAUAUGCCGCGGCUGGACUGAGCAAGGGCGAUAAUUUCGAUUUAGUUGUGGCAGCUUUUAAGGCUAUGGCAGUAUUGGUCCGAGACGUCCAAUACUAUACAGUAAACACCAACCAACUGAAAGUACUAUUAAUGUACGUGGAACAAGACAUGCAUGACCACGACAGACAAGCCACAGCAUUCAACUUAUUAAAGGCAAUCAUAUCCAGAAAACUGAUUGUUCCCGAAAUCCAUGACGUGAUGGGCAAAGUGGCCGAGUUAAGCAUAACUUCCGAACUAAACCACGUUAGGACCCAAGCCAGAUCAGUUUUUCAUCAGUUUAUUAUGGAGUAUCCUUUAGGGAACUCCUUGGAUAAACAUUUGAGCUUCUACAUAUCUCAGAUGAGUUUUGACAUGCAAUAUGGCCGAGAAUCGGCUAUAGAAAUGAUUCAAGCGUUGAUCAAUUCAUUUCCAUUGCACGUUUUGAAGAACCACAGUGGGACUUUGUUAAUCACCCUAGGGGCGAGACUUGUUAACGACGAGGUACCCGAGUGUAGGAAAAUGGUGGCGGAAUGUUUACAUUCGAUGCUUAAAAGACUGAACAAGCUUGAGAGGGAUUCUUUGUUUGAUAUUUUAACUUUAUGGUUGAAGGAUAAAGAGAUAAGUCAUCGUCGUUUGGCCGCCCAACUGUGCGGCAUCUUCGUCACAGUCGAACAACAAGAAUUCGAAUCCAGACUGCCCAUUUUGACGCCCUUACUACUAAAACAAUUCGGCUUAACUAACGAGAACCCUGGGAAAUUCGUCAAGGUUAAUAAGGAGAAAAACGUUCCAGAGGAAGUUCAACGCCUGAAAGACCAUCAUUAUUAUCAAGUGCUACAGUUGAUAUUAAAAAUAUGCGCGUACUGCCCCGUUUUUUUGAAAAACCAAAGUGAAGCCAUCGAAAACUUGGGUUAUUACACUCAAACUUUAUUGGGGUACCCGCACGAGUGGGUGCGUUUAGCUGCAGCCCAAUUUUUAGGUUUCGUCCUCUCUGCUAUGGACGUGGACAAUCUGGCAAAUCUCCUCAUCAAUAACGAGACUGAACCUGGAUACCUAAGCCUGGACCCAGAAAAUUCCCUUAAGAGCCUCACUCUGGAUUUAUGCGAUCAAUUACAGCCGGGAGACAUCAAGAGCGGCAUAGCCGAACAAGUCAUCAAAAACCUCGUUUUUAUCGCCAAAGUCCUACAAAAAAUCCCGAAUAACCCUAAAAGGAUAAACCUGCUAUGGCUCAGCAAAAGAAUGAGAAAAAUCAUCAACUCAGAAGUGAUCGACAACAAUAACAGCACAACACUCAGAACGGAAGUAUUUAAAUGGAUCGCCGGAGUAAUCACCGCGAUUGACUUAAACAAUUUGAAACCAGUGAUGAAUCACUUACUGGCCCCUUUAGUUAGAGAAAUGAUCACCACAGAAGAGAAAAACGCUCCCUUAAGGCAAAUGGCCAAAGAGGUAGCGAAUAUUUUAAAGAAAAAAUUGGGAAUGGAAGAGUACACGAGGAUUCUGCAAAGUCUUCAGCAAAGUUUAACGGUGAAACGGGCGGAGAGGAAGAGGGGCAGGAGCCAACUGGCCGUUACCAAUCCGGAAGUUUACGCCCAGAAGAAGAUUAAGAUGCACGAGAGGAAAAAGUUGGCCAAGAAGAGGAAAUUGGAGGAGAUCAGGGGCAAGAAGGGGUAUAAGAGGAAAAAAGUGGUUGAUUUAGAGGACAAUUCUGAGGUUAUGUAAGUUACGGUGUAAAUGUUUUUGUACAUAUUUUAGUCUUUAAGGAUGUGAUAAAUAGUUUUUUGUUUUAAAUAA